AUGACGGCCAAUCCACAUCUGCAAUUAUGUGUCAAUGAUUUACUCCAUCCCACAGAGAAAUCAGAAUCAUUACUGGAAGCUCUCACAUCAUCUCAGCUCGAAGAAAUCGAAAAGACACUAUCCAAAAUCAAAAACAAGAAGCAAUCAUCACAAAAGGCUACCACAUCUAACCAAAGCCCAAUAACACAAACAGCAAAUCCCUCUGUUCUACAUCACGAUUGGGCUCUAGUCGCUGCUCAGAUUGCUAAGGCUUUGGCUGACAGCAUCACAACUGCUGCUAAUACAUCGACAUCCAACAAUAGCAACAACAAUAACGCAAAAUCUGCAUCGAACAACGCUAAGCCACUUGUAUCCUCUCCACUUGCUACCGGAACAGCUUCCGUCAAAUCACCUGCCACUUCUACUGUAUCUACAUCCACAGCAUCCACAAAAUCCCCUUCAAAUACCAACAACACACCUACCUCUUCUCCUGCAAAUACUCCCGCCAAUCCCGCCUCUUCAUCUACCGCUGCUGCUGCUGGCUCAGUAGUCCCCAACCAUGAACCUCGCACUGAAAUCCGCGAUGGUGUUGAAUGGGUCAGCUUUGUCUACUCUCAUCAUCGCGUCUUGCGUCGUUACUCCAUUCGUACUGAUGUAGAUCAAGUCGAUCUUGAUAUUUUGGAUGAUAAAUUUAAGAGCGAAAACUGCGUUUAUCCUCGUGCUAAUCUUCCUCGCGAAGAAUAUAAAGGCAACCGCUGGGCUUAUGAAACUGAAUGUAAUACCUUGGGCUGGAAACUCGCUCAUCUCAAUUCCUCCGAAAUCGCUGGCAAGCGUGGCUUAAUCCAACGUGCUGUUGAUUCCUAUCGUAAUCGUUAUCCUAGCAUGCGCUCCCGCCGUGUUGCUCGUCAAGAAAAGCUGCUGAAGGGCACUCUCCGUAAGCGUAAGCAACGUGAAUCUGAAGAGCUAGGUGAAGACGAAGAGAGACCUGUCAAGUCUGUCAAAUCCAUCGAUUCAAUCUCCGCUAUUCCUGCUGAUGGUGUUCCUGGGUCUACUUCUGUCAAUGCUGACCUUCCCAAGACUGUCAGCAUCGAUGAUGGUGUUGGUGGUGCAAAGCAUCGUAUCCGCAUCAACGUUGAGACCGUUUCUCUUGAUACUAUCGAUAUGCAAUUCCGCAAGGCCAACUGCGUCUACCCUCGUGCCAUGGAAAUCAAUACAUCCUCACCUUUUGCUUCUCAACGUCAAAUCGAAGAAGCUAAAUGCAACGAAUUAGGAUGGAAAUUAGCAUGGCUGAACCCUAAGCAGCUUGCUAAUCGCAAAAACUUACUUCAACGCGUGCUUGAUGUAUACCGUACUAAAUUCCUACCAGAACUGAAUCCUCGCAAGAACUCUCUUCGCAUGCCCAAUCCUCCCAACCGUCUUUCUAUUGAUACAGAUAUGCUUACUGCCAAAGAUGAAACUGUUGCUUCCUCAACUCCUUUGACUGUCGCUGCCCUCGCUGCUCAACAGCAUGAAUUGGCUAAUCCCAAGAUUGUCCGUCGUGGUGGUCGUGGAUCUGGUGACAAGGUGGAUGAUGAUGAGUCCCUUUACAGUGGUACUACUGAUUCUCUUGAUUUCCAUGAUUGUUUCUCUCCUCCUGCAGAUGCUACUACUACACAUUCUUCCCUCUUUUUGGACACCACCAAGGUUGACUCUUGCAACUCACCUUCUACAUCUGACUCCUCCAUGCUCCUAUCUCCCAAUGCUUCCAUCAAUGAACUUAUGUUGUCCAUCCCCACUACGUCAGAUGACUUGCUCUUUGGUAGCUCACAGCACCCUCUGUUUGUUGAACCUAGUCAUGACUCUUGCCGUCAUAGUAUCAGCAGCAGCAGCAGCAGUGGCUCUGAUUUGGUUGCUUCUCCUUAUGUCAAGACCGAGCAAUUGGAUGAAACACUCUUCAAGGAUACUGCCAUGUUUGAGUUGUAUGCUGGACCCGUUCAGUUACCCUCUGCCGGUGUCGAUUUUGAGCAAUGUGAUUAUAUCAAGACUGAGGACGACCACUUGAUGGAUCCUCUUAUGAGCCAACUAUUCCACAUCUAA